GAACAGGCCGUACCACUCGUGCCACCCUUCUUUUAUUUACCCUCCCGUCGGUCCGCACGUCGCUAUAGUCCCCUCCAGCAGCAGCAGGCUGCUCGUGCGCCCUUUGUGAAACUGUUCGGUCACAACUGCAACACCAAGCCGGCUAGUCGUCAGCGCCCCGCCCCCCUGUUACCGACCGACGCGGCCCUGACCAACAAAAUGAACUGCUCCGCCGUCUACUCCGCCCUGUAUCCGUAGUUCUCGCCUUUUCGCAUAUCAUUAUACAUAGUCGCCAUCUACUCCGUAUGCCCUCCGCCGUCGCUGCUGGGCGAGAAUGGCCACUUUAGGCUCCCCAUCGCCCCCCUCGUCGCCUUCGAGGAACAUGCGCCGCCGGGGAUUCGCAAGGCGCCUGGAGCGAUUCUGCUGCAACACAAUCACAUACUUCCCGCUAGCCUUUGUGUAUGGGUUGACAACCUGGGCAGCAUGGGUGCAGGCAGGUGUUGGCUUGACGUCGUGGACGAAUAAUCAUGUAUGGACUGGGAAAUUGUCGUCCAUUCUCGGCAUCUUCUUGUACGUGAUGCUCAACUGGAGCUAUACCACGGCCGUCUUCACCGACCCUGGCUCGCCCCUUAACCCUACGAACGGGUAUGCCCGACUGCCUACACAGGAAGGAGGAGGGAUGCAGUACACCUCGUUCACAGUCAAGGCAUCAAAUGGUGAUAUCAGGUUCUGCAAGAAAUGUCAGACAAAGAAACCGGAUCGGGCCCACCACUGCUCGACAUGCAAGAGAUGCGUCUUGAAAAUGGACCACCACUGCCCCUGGCUAGCGACAUGCGUCGGACUGCGGAACUACAAGGCCUUCCUUUUGUUCCUCAUAUACGUAUCACUCUUCUGUUGGGUAGCUUUUGCCACGUCAGCUAUCUGGGUAUGGGAAGAAGUGAUUAGCAACGGCGAAUAUACCGAGACAUUCAUGCCGGUUAACUGCGUCCUGCUCGCCGUCCUUUCUGGAAUCAUCGGCCUGGUUAUCACUGGCUUCGCGGCAUGGCAUCUGUGGUUGACGAGCCGAGGCAGGACGACGAUUGAAAGCUUGGAGAAGACUAGAUAUCUAUCCCCGCUUCGCAAUUCCAUGCGCCAGCACCUCAACGAUCGCAACUACUUGGAUGCUCAGGCACAGGGCCGUCUCAGUAUCAGCGAUCAAUUACGCGAGAUCCACGCCAAUGCACUCCCGGGUGUCACCAGGCCGGAAGAAGGGGAGUCUCCAUCCCGCUCAGCGACUCCCUCGCCUGCCAACGGUGCUGCUGUCGCCAAUGGCUAUUCUACCCCGAUGCAUUAUUCCUACGAACAACGAGAGCGACAGCAUGGUUAUGACCGCUAUGAGAAUUAUCUGGAUGAACGUGACAACGAGCUUCUGCCGAAUGCGUUUGACCUAGGGUGGAGACGUAAUUUCGGCCAUGUCUUCGGGCCUUCUCCUUUGCUUUGGUUUCUGCCCAUCUGCAAUACUACUGGAGAUGGCUGGUCUUGGGAAGCAAGCGAGAAGUGGCUCGCUGCAAGAGAACGUAUACAAAAGCAGCGCUUGGCGGAGGAACGGAUGCAGAAGGAACGUGAGCGUGCAGCCGGCUGGGGGGUUGACUCUCCCACCGAAGCAGAGUUCAGGCGGACUGGCAGGCUGCCGGAAGGUUGGCAGACGAACCAGAACUCUCCCCCGACACCCCGACUACCGCGUCAACCCGAAUGGCAGGCUCCUCGGAAACACGGAGAGCAGGCACGCUAUCUCACGACGUCGAAUGGCGUUGUCCAUACUCCGCUGGAAGGACGACGGAGCCCAAGUAAAGCCGACCAGAUUCUCGGCCGCGAACGUGGAAUGUAUGCAGACGGGGCCGUACAGCUCCAACCGAUAGUCCGGAAGAAGUUCGACCAGUAUAACUACAUAUCGGAGGACGACGAUGACGAUUACGACGUUUCGAGCGACGAAGAGAGAGCCGGUAAGCGCAAGGCUGCGCAAGUGGCGCAGACGCAACCGCCAACGGUCACCAAAGACUGGAACGACAUCCCCGCAGAUUUCCUCCCACCCCCGCCCAAAGGCAGAGCAAAGAAGAAGGACGAGUCGCAGGCGGAGAGGAGAAAAAAGAACGCCCAAGAGUGGGACGAUUGGCAAUGACAUCAUGUGGCAGGUCAUACAACGAGGCAGAUAUAAUACUUGGAUAGAGGACGGUAUUGGCGCAAAGCAUCUAGAGACGGUCUCAGCGAUUUUGGGCUUGGGAUAAGAGCAUUAUAUCACAUCUACCUUUGCCGUUAGAAACCGUACGCAGGUAACUGUAUAGGUGGUUUCGCCCUUUGUGUUUUAUGCCAUGCUGAUUAUGUUCCCCAACCGUGUCUCCGUCAUCUUUGGAUGGCGUUACUCGUUUCCUGAUACCGGGGUAUGGCUUCAAGAUUUCGUACUCUCACCCACUUCCUACACUAUGAGCAUCAUCCAAACCUCCUUCUUGUUUUCCGUGGACUUUCUAGUAACCGCCGGUGUAGAUUUGUGCGAGGGGUUUGCCCUAAUACCCAUCCUUCACCG